AUGUCUAAUCCGGAACAAGUUAAACAUGUUAUUGAAAUUCGUUCAACAAAACCAUUUACAGAUCAAAAACCUGGUACAAGUGGAUUAAGAAAACCAACAAAAACAUUUAAAGAAAAUCAAUAUUUUGAAAAUUUUAUUCAAUCUUAUUUUGAUGAUUUAGCUGAAACAAGUAAUGGAAAAUUACCAACAUUAGUUGUUGGAGGUGAUGGAAGACAUUUUGUACGAGAAGAUGUAGUUACGGUUAAAAAUUGCGAAAAUUUAGAAGAUUUUGGUGGACGUCAUCCUGAUCCUAAUUUAACUUAUGCUCAUGAAUUAGUUGAAGAUAUGGAACAUGGAGAUUAUGAAUUUGGAGCUGCAUUUGAUGGAGAUGGAGAUCGUAAUAUGAUUUUAGGCAAACAUGGAUUUUUUGUUACACCUUGUGAUUCAUUAGCUGUUUUAGCUGCUAAUCUUCAAGUUAUUCCCUAUUUUCAAAAACAUGGUGUUUGUGGUUAUGCAAGAAGUAUGCCUACAUCUGGUGCAAUUGAUCGUGUGGCUGAAAAAAGUCAAAAAUCCCUCUAUGAAGUUCCAACUGGUUGGAAAUUUUUUGGAAAUUUAAUGGAUUCAAAAUUAAUUUCAAUUUGUGGUGAAGAAUCAUUUGGAACGGGAUCUGAUCAUAUUCGAGAAAAAGAUGGUAUGUGGGCUGUACUUUCAUGGUUAUCAGUAUUAGCUAACGUUGAUCGAUCUGUUGAAAAUCUUUUAAAUGCACACUGGAAUACAUAUGGACGAAAUUUUUUUACACGUUAUGAUUAUGAAGAAAUCAAUGGUCCUGGUCCAUUUUCAAUGAUUAAACGACUUGAACAAAUAUGUACGUCAAAUGAAUUAAUGAAUAAAACAUUUAAUACACCAUAUGGAAAUAAACAAUAUACUAUUAAACUAAUGGAUGAUUUUCAUUAUAAAGAUCCAGUUGAUGGAAGUUAUACUGAAAAUCAAGGCAUUCGAAUUAUAUUUACUGAUGGUUCAAGAUUAGUUUUUCGUCUAAGUGGAACAGGUGCACGUGGUGCUACUGUUCGUCUUUAUGUUGAUUCAUAUGAAAAUAAUCCUUCGACUUAUACUAAAGAUGCACAGGAAAUGCUUAAACCAUUGGUUUCCUUAGCAAUUGAAAUCGCCCAAUUGAAAGAAUUCACCGGACGUGACAAACCAACUGUGAUUACUUAA